UGUUUCGAUAACGUCAUCAAACACCGACACUGACGUCAUCAGUGCUUACCAAGGCAGCAUGGCGUUCCUCGGUAACUAGAAUGCUAAUAGCGCAACGGUGUUUUUAAAGACUUAUGAAGGCUUUUCGCCGAUCAUCAGCGCAUCUAACUGGCUUACCAUCUUCAGGUUUGUGGUUUCUUUCUUGACAAGUUACAGCUGGAUGAUUGCGGGACGUAGUCCGGCCUCAUAAUGCAGACUGUGAAGGUCGCCCGGGUUGCCUCAGCAGCAUUAAAAGCCCUCGGAUCAGGCAGGCUGUUCCGCUCUGAGCGCCUCACGGCGUCUUUAAGCCAUCCUUUCUCAGUGACACAGACUCAUUUUUGUCCAACCGAGCCGAACCAAGAGGACACGGUGAUCAUCCGCGUCCCACGCUACUUGCUAAAGCGCGUGGAAACUGUGAAGCAAGCCCGAGGCAAACCCAAGAUCAGCACAGUCAAAGCGGGCAAGUUGCUGAUCCAGAGCAGGAACCCUUCUCUGAACCAGUCUGCCGGGUUCACCGCGGGGAAGUUCGAGCAGCCCGUCCUCUGCUCCAAGGGAUGGAAACACAGUAAGUCAUUUGGUGACUACUUCACCAUCAACAACAUCAAAGAAGUGGCUCCUUUUAUUGCAUCCAGCCAGAGUGGGGACACCGAGCAGAAACCACUCACAACCUUUCAGGAUCUUCACAUCUGCAAGGAGCUGGUUGAAACUUUGGAGAGAGUCAAGAUCACGCACCCCACUAUUGUUCAGCUUCAGACCAUCCCAAAGGUCAUGAGAGGUCACAACAUCCUGUGUGCUGCAGAGACAGGGAGUGGGAAGACCCUGAGCUACCUACUGCCUGUUGUUCACAGCCUGCAGGCAAACACACAAGACCAAACGACGGACAAGAUCCGAGCUGUGGUUGUGGUUCCGUCCAGGGAGCUGGCUGAGCAGGUGGCGGCUGUGUCCAGGACUCUGUGUGCGCCAUUGGGUUUGCGAACUAGUUCUGUGGGUGGAGGGCGAGGUGUUGGUCACAUCAAGACAGUCUUUAGAAGGAAUCAUCCAGAUAUCUUGGUGGCCACACCAGGUGGCCUGGUUAAAGGCCUGCGUAGAAACUGCUUGGAUUUGAACGAGCUGAACUUCUUGGUGGUGGAUGAGGCCGACACCAUGUUUGACGCCAGCUUCUCUGAUUUACUUUCGGAAAUUUUAUCUCAUACAAACAUUGCGAGCAAUCCCAAGGAGACACGAGGCCUGGGCCAUAAAACCCAGCUGCUCCUGAUCGGAGCGACCUUCCCAGAUGGGGUCGGAGAAGUUCUCAGCAAGGUGACAGACCUGGGCAAAAUUGUUACAAUUAAGAGCAAGAUGCUGCACUAUCUCAUGCCCCACGUCAAGCAAACCUUCCUGAAGGUAAAGGGUGCCGACAAAGUCCUGGAGCUCUACCAAUACCUAAAUAAGCUCCAGCAUGAGAAAGGAGGAGGUGCUGCUCUAGUGUUCUGCAACAAGUCCUCCACUGUGAACUGGCUGGGCUACUCAUUGGAGGAGAUGAAGGUCCAGCACGCUCGCCUGCAGGGGGAGAUGCCUGCUGUGGUGCGGACGGGAAUCUUUCACUCCUUCCAGAAGGGCGCUGUGAAUGUCUUAAUAUGCACGGACAUAGCUUCGCGUGGCUUGGACACUUCCGGGGUGCGCUUGGUUGUCAACUACGACUUCCCUGAGUCCCACACGGACUACAUCCACCGAGCAGGGAGAGUGGGGAGAGCAGGAGGGAUGGAGGACGGGGAGGUGCUCAGCUUCGUCACGCACCCCUGGGACGUGGAGCUGGUGCAGAACAUCGAGACAGCAGCUCGAAGAAAGACCAGUUUGCCGGGGUUGAAAUCUGAGAUCCAGGAGCCGAAAGUAAAUGAUUCACAUGUUGGGAGAUAAUUAAUGUAACCAGAGAAACUGAUUGUGUAACACAUGAAUGAUGAAUAAAAUGUUGUAUUACUGGUUUAUCCAUCA